AUGUCCUUUUUCGGAGUUUUGCUUUAUGUUGUUGCUGUUUUUAUUUCUGGAGCCUUUGAAAAGGCUCUAACAGCAGUGAUCCAAACACAGCAGACUGUGCUGGCAGCAGUGGGAGAAGAUGCUGAAUUCAGCUGUCAGCUCUUGGAGACUAAAGAUGUUGUUCAGGUCACAUGGCAGAAAAUCUCACAUGAUGUGGAGACAAAUGUUGCCACCUACAGCAAGUACUAUGGUCAGAGAGUGAAUGAUGGCUUUAACGAUAAAGUUGUGUUUAAAUACACUGGACUACAGAACUGCUCCAUAGUCAUCAGGAAUGUGACGGAGCAGGAUGAAGGAUGCUAUCACUGUCUGUUUAACACUUAUCCUGAAGGCUCUCUGACAGGGAAACCCUGCCUCCGAGUUUAUGAGCUGCAUGAACCUGUUGUUGAUGUCAGAGAGUCAAACUCUACUGAAGAGUGGGUUGUUUCCUGUUCAGCCACUGGUCGACCUGCUCCCACUGUAACACUCAGUGUCUCACAACAAGACCUCAGCUUCUCACAGUACAACACUGUCAGUGUGUCCAACACCAACGCUACAUUCACUGUCACCACUACAGCUGUGCUCUCAGGUUCAUGUAAACACAGCACACAGGUGGGAUGUGCAGCACGAGUGCUCUCUGCUCCUCACAGAGAAGUGAUGGUGACAACUCCAGAUGAUGAUGGUUUGGAUGAAAAAUCUAAUCACAUAAAUUUCGGAUCCAGGACAUUAGUCAUUCUAUCCUCUGCUGCGUUGUUGUUUGCCUGUGUUUCUGCACUCAUCUCUGUCUGGCUUAGAAAGAAAUCUCAGAGCAGUCAGUCACAUCGGCCGGUUGAGAUGAAUGACAUGGCUACCUGAAGCUACAAUGAGAGAUACUGAGGAGACUAAAACAUCUUCAGGUAAACAACGUGACAGUCAGCGCAAAAAGCGAAUGCCUGCUGACACCACAUCAUGAUAUUGGGGCCUUUGAGUGAUGAAACGUUUCUCCCACAAAACGCUACGUUCAGAUGAACAGAAUCAACUUUUGGAAAUUCAUUUGCAUCAAAACUACAGUUUGACAGAUUUUUGCUUUUUUUGUUUACUUUUUGCUUUUUUAUCAAGAAGAGUGUAUUUUCUAAAACAAUGGUGCUAAUUUGACAAAUAACUGCACUAACGUUGGACUAAAGAAAAUGGUAAUUGUUACAGGGAAAUUGCAGCUUUUAUAUCAUCACUUUGUGCUAUAUAUUUAUAGCAUAUUUAUUUUAUUUAUUUUUUCACCAGUUUUUAAUGUUGUUAUACCUUUUUAUAUUUGGAAACACGAGACCAUGUUGUCCCUUAACAAAACAGCACUGAAGUUCUGUUUACAAAGCACUAAAAUGUGUUGCACUGAAACAUUUGCAAACUGUUAAAUAAUAUUAUUAUCCUGUACAUUUCAAUUUUCUGCUGUUUA